GGGAUUUCAGUCUCUCUCACUCUUAAAGUUGAGAACUUUCAGCUUCACCUUCGUCUGGGUUUUGGUAUUUUUGGGAGCUCCUUUGUUAUACUCUUUUGAGAAAUGUAAAGCAACUUUAGAUUUAGGGUUUUUCUGUGAAACGGAGUUUGCGAUUAGAGAAAUAGGGUAAAAUCAACGGAGGUCUAGGACAUUGGUCAAGUCCUGAAUCAUCCCUGUCAUCUUACUCUUCUAGCAUCAGCUUGUCACUCUCCAAUAUUUAGGAAGCACUAAAAGGAACUACGAGUGUAUCUCCGACCAGUUUUAUUCAAUUUGUAGGCUCAAAUCGUAGACUUGUCCUGUGGCCACUAGCUCAUUGUUUCUCAAAUGGACCGUAUCAGUCAACUUCCGGAUGAUUUGCUCUUGCGGAUUUUGUCACGUGUUCCGACAAGAAAUGUUGUGGCCACAAGUCUUUUGUCCCAAAGAUGGCGGUUUCUUUGGAUGUUAGUGCCAAAACUUCGAUUCGACGAUACCAAUCACAAUGGUGGUGACUAUAAGAGCUUCUCUCAGUUUGUUUACAGGUAUUUGUUAUCUAAUAAGGCACCUGUUCUACAACAAUUUCAUCUGAAUCUUGGCGCUGACUGCCCCGCUGUAGACAUUAGACUAUGGAUUGAUAUUGCAGUUAGUCGACGUGUGAUUGAGCUGGGCAUUCAUAUUCGUUCUUCCAAGGCUGUGCCUUUCAGUUUGCCGAGUAGUGUAUACACCUCUGAUACACUGGAGACCUUGAGACUCAUCAAUUUGGUUCUUUCGAAUGCUCCUUCUUCAGUUUGUCUCCCGUCUCUCAAAGUUCUGCAUCUUAAGAUGGUUGACAACGCAUCUCUUUCAAAUCUGUUAUCUGGUUGUCCAAAUCUUGAAGAACUGUUUGUGGAGCGACAUAAGGAAGACUCUGUAAUGGAUGUCACUAUCGCGGUGCCUUCCUUACAACGGUUAUCUAUGGUCGACACAAAUGAUGUUGGUCGUAGUCGAUAUGUGAUAGAUGCCCCUUGUUUGAAGUACCUUAACAUCGUAGAUGAAGCACUUUACAAGUCCCGUCAAAUUGAGAACAUGCCUGAAUUGGUCGAGGCAAAUAUUGAGAUUACUAGAAGAGUUACUCACAAGUUUCUGAGGGCUCUUACUUCUGUCCGACAUCUUUCUCUAUGUUUAUCAAUUUCAAAGGUUAGGUGUCCUUCUGGUAUCAUCUUCAAUCAGCUUGUUCGUCUGAGUUUCUAUACAUUUGCUAAAGGACGUUGGUGGGAUCUUCUUACUUGUAUGCUCCAAGAUUCCCCAAAACUAAGAUUUCUCAAACUCAUUGAUAAACAUGAUUCUGGUCUUUGUGGAAACGAAACCCCAAUUGGUUGGAGGCUGCCGAGUUCUGUCCCCGAGUGUAUUUUAUCUAGUCUCGAGGCAUUUGAGUGGAUUGGGUACAAAGGGAGACGAGGAGAUAUAGAGAUGGCAACAUAUGUCCUAAAGAAUGCUGCUUGUUUGAGGACAGCAACGUUUACUCCAAAAUCUACUGAUGUGGGAAAAAAGUAUCGUAUGCUCAAGAAGUUGGCAUCAGUACCUACAGCUUCAACUUCGUCUCAGCUUCUAUUCGACUGAAUAACAUUUAGUUUUUGGUAGUAUCUCUUUUAUAUUAUGGUUGUAUUUUGCUUAUUGUUAAGACUGGUUUAACACAAAAAGUGCAUGAUGAACCAUGUCAAACCCAGUUUGCUUCUCCUCAGUACCUCAAACUCGAAAGUCUGGAUAUGAACGGUUUAUUUUUUUUCAAGUAAGUAUCUCAAAGA